GGUGGCAUCGGGGCCUAAGAGAUAUUAGCAAGUGGCUGAGAGAAAGAAGCAGUUAGCAGAUAUACAGGCGGCAGUGAGAAUGGUUUGCGGUGGUUUCACCUGUUCCAAGAAUGCGCUAAUUGCUUUAAAUGUCGUGUACAUACUUGUUGGACUCUUACUUAUCGGAGUAGCAGCAUGGGGCAAAAGUUACGGCAUUGUUUCCAGUAUAAACAUCAUUGGUGGAGUCAUUGCUGUGGGGGUCUUUCUGCUUCUCAUUGCUGUUGUUGGACUUAUCGGAGCAGUCAAUCACCAUCAAGUCAUGCUGUUCUUUUACAUGGUUAUUUUAUUCCUGGUCUUUUUAAUUCAGUUUGGAGUCUCCUGUUCAUGCCUGGCUCUUAAUCGAAGUCAACAGGUACCCUUGGCUGUAUCACUACCAAUGCUUUGUGAUUUCUCUUUGAAAAGGCCUAGCCUGUUGCAAUUUUUCAUUGGGAUGUCAGUGUCACUGCAUAAACUAGGGUUUAUUUCACAUCGCUAAAUUCCCUGGAGAAGG